AUGAAGGCGUCGAUCAAGUUCCGCGACGACGACCGCCCGCUGCUGCGCGCCAAGGUGCCGGUCGGCGUGCUGGGGCUGCCCUUCCUCUCGGGCCUCGCGGCGGGGGGAGACGCCAAGGACCUCCGCUUCGACCUCUCCACCGCCUUCCCCUCCGGCCCGGCGCUCCGCCUCUCGUACCGCCCCAACGAACCGCUCCAGCCCUUCGCCCUUUCCAUCCGCACGGGGCUGGGGCCUCUGGGCUCCCCUAUCCGCGCCCCCUUCGCCCUCGCCGCCGAAUUCAACCUCACCUCCUCCAACCCGCCCGCCUUCUCGCUCCUCUUCAAGCCCCGGAUCGGGGACUUCGCCGUCGCCAGCUCCGUCCGCUCCCCGCCGCCACCGCCGCCCGCAUCCACCCCGCCCCCUCUGGCGAUCAAGAUGGCCGACCUCACCACGAACGACGACGACCACGACCGCGAAGCGCACGGCAACGGCUUCUCCUUCGCCGGGAAUGGGUUCGCAGCGAACGUGGCGGCCGCCGCGGGGACGGGCGGCGGCGGCGUGGGCGCGCUGUUGUCCGGGAUGCGGCUCACGACCAGGAGUGUGCUGCCACUGUGGAGUAAGGCGAGCCUGCGGUUCCAGUGGGGGCUGCGCGUGCCGCCGGAGAUCAAGGCCGCGCUUGCAGACGACGGGUACGGGCGCAAGGCUGGGCACCUCGCCAUCAGCAAGCUGCCGCUGCUGGUGAUGAACAAGAUCACCAUCGAGCACACGCCCAAGGUGCCUUCACAGUCUGAAACGGACAAGAAGAGGAAGAAAGACGCUCCACCAGCAGCCGAGGGCGAGGAGUUCUCACUGAUGAAGAGGCAACUGGAGAAGCUGAAUGUGGAGAGCACAAUGCUGCGUCGUGCAGUCGAGGACUUGCGUGCAGAGAUUGGAGCUGGCAAAGGCGGUGGUCGUAAGCUGCCAGCAGCAGUGCCACCUCCACAGCAUUCAUUCGCGUCGAAACCAGAUCGCCAUUUCCACAGCAAUGCGAAGGAAUUGGUGGACAGUGGGACGAAACCGGCCCCCAAUGAAGCAAGCGAGGAGUUGAAGAAGGCGCUCGAGGCCCGGCGGAAGUAA